AGAUGAACAACAUGGAAGAAAUUGUGUGUUACCAAGGUUUGAUGUGCUAGUUUGAGUUGGAGUUAUGGUAUCCAACAGCAGUCAAUUGUUCUUGCGACGAAGGAACUUAACAACAUACCUACUAAUCUAUUAACUUGCCACAAGCCCUUUAGACUUUCUAAGUCGUCCAUCCCAAGGAACACCCUAUCUUGAUCCAAUAAGAAGAAAACAUGGUGUUGGAUCUGAUAUCGGGAAACUUCAAGAACUUGCUACAGAUAAAGUCAGUUAGUAUAGAUGACCAGUGGGACCAGCUUAACAGGACGUAUCUUGUCAUGUUCUGCAUUUUAUCCGGCACUAUAAUGACCUUUAAACAGAAUUUAGGGUCGAUAAUACACUGUAUAGGGGAUUCACGGAGUGGUGAAGGAAGUUUUGCGGAAGUCCACGACACUUUUGUACAAGAUUACUGUGCAGCUCAAGGACUGUACACCGUGAAAGAAGUUUAUAAAAAGUCUUGGCCCGAUGAAGUGCCUUAUCCAGGUGUCCUUCCAUUGACUACCUCGAUCUGCAAAGGCAGAGUCUUCUGGAAUGGAUCCAGCAUACCAUGCCGCGAUGAAAAAGAUUUAAAGCCCGUCACGGAGGUGUACCACGUAUGGUAUAUGUUCGUGCCUUUUUACUUUUGUGCCGUUGGAAUAGCAUUCUACUUCCCCUACACAGUUUUCAGACACCUCAGUGGCAUCUAUGACAUCAAGCCAAUGUUGAACACCCUCACAUGUAACAUUGAGCCCUACACGGAAGACGAUCUCUCUCGGAAAGUAGACAAUGUAUCCAGAUGGUUGUACAUCAAACUAGACCCUUACAUGAACAACAUGCUCCCAUACACCCAGAUUAUUCACAAACACUCUAUAUUUUAUACCGUAAUGUUAGUAAAGGUUAUGUACUUGACUACCAGCAUCUCCGUGUUUUAUGCUACCAACAAAAUAUUCGAGCAAGGAAAUUUCGCUAUGUAUGGCUACGAUGUCCUUAUGAGUAUACCACAGGGCGAAGAUUACAAAGUGAUGGACACAAUCUUCCCCAAAAUGGUAAACUGCAGGAUACAGGUCUGGGGUCCCACAGGGCUCCAGACUGAAGCCCUCCUCUGCGUUCUCCCCCAAAACAUCGGCAACCAGUACUUUUUCCUCAUCUUCUGGGCCCUCCUCAUCCUCAUCAUGCUAUCCAACCUUGUUUCCGUAAUAGUGACCAUAUUCAGAUUUUGCUUCGUAGCAGGAAGCUAUAAACGAUUUUUAACCGCGAGUCUUCUAGACCACGAGGAACGAUAUAAGUUGGUAUUCACCCACGUGGGGACGACCGGCAGGUACAUUCUUCAACUUUGUGCAGAAGUCAGCAACCCAAAAAUAUUUGAGGACCUUCUAGAGAUAGUCUGCUCACUACUCAUAUCAAACUAUCAUAAAAGAAAGAGGAGUCGAGAACACCAAAAAGAAAGAGCCGGCAAGAGUAGGACUCGAAACAAUUACGACGACUCAGCUGUUUGAUCAUGAUAAUGGGGAUGCGGCUCUAACCGCUGUGACCAGGGUGUCACUGUGGCUUGGGGGCAUCCUCAGUCAGGAGCUGUUUCAGUACCUGUUUUUAUCGGUUUUAGACUAGAUAAUAUAGAUGUGUUAGUAUGUUAGACAGGGUGACCCAAAAUUAACUUACUUAGUUUAAAAGUGAAAUUUAAAGAAAUGUGUUCGUAGUAAUUCUAUGUUUACAGUACACUACAAUAUUCGUGAUAUUAUAGGCUACCAGCUACAUGCAUGGAACGGUUAAGUUAAGUUUGGGUCAGCCCGUUGCAUGGUUAAGGGGUAGUUUUUGAUAUAAUAAGUUUUAUCAAUUAAGUUUACUUUGACCGAGUAUUCAAUUCAUGAUAUUUGCUGUUAGCUACUCAGUUGUAAUUCUAGCUAGUAUUUACAAUUAAGUUCUAAAAGUUUCAAGAAACAUUGCUUUCCUGAAACAAUAACUUUGAAAUUUUAAUAUUAGGAUUUUUAUGCUAGAUGAAUUAUAAAUUACUUAAUGAUAGAUUUGGUCUGUAUUUCAUUCAUUAAUUAAAUUUAGGCGAUUAAUUAAAACUAUCGAAUCUAUUGCUAAAAUAAUUGAUAUUCACAUAGUAUAAUAAUAUAAUAUAAUAGGUUCUAAUUACA